UACAAUACAGACCACAGACUCUCUCCAUGCCGACGCAGCCUAUUGGCUCAUCUGCCUACCUGCUCUGUAACGUCCCCUGUGCUCUGAUCAAUGUCAAAGAGACGUAGCUGAGUGAUGUGCAAUACCCAGUGUGCUCAGUGUUACAUACCUCAUAGCCCAUUACUCGGAGACAGAUAUUAUAAACCAAUACGACAGCUAUGACAGUGUACAGAUGAUCCAUGGUGCUACCAGUGUAUUACAGUAAAUCCCUAUUUAUUACUGGGCAUCUAGGAAUGGAACAAUCUCAGAUGUGACGGCAAAGAUGGGAAGAUACCAGGUGGUGCUAUGUAUACAUCAGGACAAAUGACUGGAACUUCUCUUUUGACUAGUAAUAACACAUAUGUAAAACUUGUAAUUUUUGUUAACAUAUUUUUCAAUGCAGUGCAUCCCUCCCCAUUGUAUUUAAACAAAACUGUCUUACCUUCAGUCAACCACUUUCUAAAAAACAAUAACUCCUCUCAUCCAGCUCCACCACUCCUCCUUUUCCAUUCAUAUCAAAUUAGCUCUCUUCUCAACUACGAGUUAUUAAGAGGGAGGUUUCCUUUUCAGUGGCUUGUCUUUAGGAAAUCAUAUUGUUUUGGAUUGCUUCCUCUGAGAAUAAGAACAGGAAGUAAAGUAAAGGAGGGAGACACUGAGACCGCUCAGGCCUACUCCAACCGAUUGAGAUAUCCGCUCUGUCCCUGUUUCUCAGUGUAGCUAAGAUUCCGUUCCCACCACUCUACUGCCGGUGUGUAUGUGUGUUUGUCCAGAUAGACUGACAGACUAAUAAUUGCUCCAGUGACAGGUCUGUGCCCCCGGUGCCCGUGCUUCUACCUCUCACCCCUCUUACCCUCCUCUGACUGACCAUGCCAACUCUGUCUGGGAACAAAAAAAAAGUAAAAUAAAGUCUGAGAAAUAAACAUAGUCAGAAAUAUCAAGAGUGACUCUUAGGGGUGCGGGUCUAAAGCUUACUGGAAUGCUCAAGACACAGAAUGAAGAACAAUAACAAAAGACAACCUCACCACUUUGAGCAAACUUUGUCUGAACAUACCAUAACUUACUUCAACUAACUAAGCACAACAUUAGUCUAUAGGAGUCUAUGUAUACUUCUGACUUCAUCAUGGUCCUAAUAAUGUAGCUAAUGUUGACCAGCAAGGCUAGACAGCCUGUAGGUUGCGUUGUAAACUUGUGAGGAAACCCGUUGUCAGUCCAGCCUGGUAGCAACAUGACUGUUUUAACCUACCUCCUACCUCCUGCUAUUGUUAAGGCCAGGCUCUCACUCCCUUCCUCUUGUCUAGGCUGGCUACACCUCUGUUUUUUGUGGCUUGCUGUACACACAUUAUCUAAUGCCAAGAAAGCAUUAUAGCUAGCCAAAGCUGUGUGUUGAUUUGAUAGUUGGAUAUUGAGAGUUUUUUUAAAGACCCUGUGGCGAAUUCAAUUACUUUGCAAGCAUUUAGGGAGCAUGGAAUUGAAGGGUUAUAGCUUAGCUAACUCUCCUACAUAUCAGUUCUGAGCUCAAGGCAUGGAUGGACACCGCUAACAGUACCCCUCUCCUGUUCUCAUAGUGGUGCUUUUUCCAGUGUUCCAGUCUCAUUGAACCUCUCCCCUCCCCUCCCCCCUCCUCACCUCACCCCUCUCCCCUCCCUGAAACGCAAUCCGCCUGGGGGGAUAAGAGCACUGACUCUGCUUGGAGCACCACCCGGUUUCCAUCCUGCUGCCAUUAACCAGGGAGAGAGAACUGCAAAACGUCUCAUGGUCAUGGUCACUUCACAGGGAGGGUGAGAGAGGCAGAUAAGAUGGAGCCAGUGUCCUACUCAACGUACAGUCUUAAUCAUGUUUGAAGAGAAUUUCAACUAACAUUUCAAACCAGCUUUAUGGAUAACUAUCAAUGGGAUAUGACACACACGGUGUGCCAGUGACCUGUGACGAGUGAAUCAUCAUGGGGGACUGGAGUCUUCUGGGGAACUUCCUAGAGGAAGUUCAGGAACAUUCCACGUCGGUGGGGAAGGUGUGGCUCACCGUCCUCUUCAUCUUCAGGAUCCUGGUGCUGGGCACAGCCGCUGAGUCCUCAUGGGGAGACGAACAGAGUGACUUCCUGUGCGACACCCAGCAGCCUGGUUGUACCAACGUCUGUUAUGACCGGGCGUUUCCUAUCGCACACAUCCGCUACUGGGUCCUACAGAUCGUCUUCGUGUCCACACCAUCACUGAUCUACAUGGGCCAUGCCAUGCACAUAGUGCGGAGGGAUGAGAAACGAAAAAGGAGGGAGCAGGAGAAGACAGAGGGGAUGGAGGAGGAGGAGGAGAGGGGAGAGGGGGGGAGCGUAUCGGGGGAGAAGGUGUAUCUCCAGCAGAGGGAUUGUGGGAAGGUGCUGGAGGCAUCUGGGCGAGUUCGCCUGCGGGGGGCGCUGUUAUCCACGUACAUUCUGAGCAUCCUGAUCCGCACUGUGAUGGAGGUGAUCUUCAUCGUGGUCCAGUACAUGAUCUAUGGAGUCUUCCUCAGGGCUCUGUACCACUGCAAGGCCUGGCCCUGCCCCAACCCAGUCAACUGCUACAUGUCCCGCCCCACAGAAAAGAACGUAUUCAUCGUCUUCAUGCUGGUGGUGGCAGGUGUCUCCCUCCUCCUCUCUGUGGUCGAGCUCUACCACCUGGCCUACAGGCGGUACAGGAAGUGCAGACGCACUCGUGCCUCCCUCAAAAACACCACUCAUAAUGCUGUGGCAAUCCCCUUCACCAGGGACCCCGACAACCCGACCAGUCACAACUCCCCAGGCUGCACCCCUCCCCCUGACUUCCGCCAGUGCUUGGUGUUGUCGGGGACAAUGACCCCCUUGACCCCUGUGAACCCCAUGAACUCCAUGCCUUCUCACCCCUUCAACAACAGAAUGGCGCACCAGCAGAACUCCGUCAACAUGGCCACCGAGCGUCACCAUUCCCAUGACGACCUGGAGGGAGAGGGAGGUUUCCUGAGGAUGAACUACACCCAGGUGCCAGGGGAGAUGCCCAGCGGGUGCUCUGCGCCACCCUUACUGCAUACCACGUACCUGAAGGACAAACAGAGUCUCAGUAAGAUCAGCAGCACCAGCAGCCGGGUUCGACCAGACGACCUGGCCGUGUAGAACCAGACAGACGGAGAGAGAGAGACAGAGAGGGGCUUAGAAGGUGCGGAGGGAGCGGACAUUCAGACACACAGAGAGAGAAAGGCCCUGUUUAGAGGAGAGUGGAGCAGGCUGGGUCUAUAUACCCAGCCAGAGACAGAGGAGGGGAGCAGGCUGGGUCUAUAUACCCAGCCAGAGACAGAGAAGGGGAGCAGGCUGGGUCUAUAUACCCAGCCAGAGACAGAGAAGGGGAGCAGGCAAGGCAGACACUGGGGCUAAAGAUGGAUGUGUUAGCAAACUCCAAGUGAAGGGCUCCAUUCAGCCCAAAUCUGGGGGAACUGUGGAAGAUUGCCUGGCCUAGGACUGCAUGAGCACUAUAGGAAGAAAGACAUUGGGGUAUGUAAGCUCCCUGGGAGUGGGUUGAAUGGAUCUUGAGAACUUCUGCAUAUUGGACUGAGCUUUGAGACUGUGACUGUUGGUGCUGGGAGAACUGGUUGUUUUUGUUAGAGCAACAAGUGGCUGGCCAAGCUUGAAACAUGGACUUUCAUAACGUUGAUCAAAUAUUGACAUGGAAGCUAAAUAUAAAUAUACCUUUUAAAUCACUGUGUGGAAAAAGCCUUCAAAUAAAUAACAGAUAAUUGCAUUGUAUGUUUUUGAUGUUUUAAAGUACCUUUAAAGUCUGAGAAUAUUGUACUUUAAACUUGCACAUUCACUAUGCUAAAAAUGGUCCCACUGUCUGUCCAGCUGCCCAUUAUAAUAACACAAACAUUUACAAGCUUGCAAAUGUAAACACCCAUGCACAAAAACACACACAUGCACACACUGCUGUCACAGGAGGACAAAACCCUAUCCUCAGGGGUCUGACCAAACAGUGUUGCCCCGAUCCCUGGCAUCCAGUGACGGAGGCUAUUUGCAGCUGUCAUGUUGUUUGGAAAGUGAAAUUGUGACACACAUCCCUGCAAUGGAAUCCAUUGUGCAUUAUAUCACCUUCAAAUAUAGCAGGAGCAACUGUUUUCUCUGUGUUUAAUCCUGAUGGCAUACAAACAGAAACAUAGCACCAGCAUUAUCUUCCAGACAGAAGUCAGAACAAGGGACAGCUGUGCCAAAAUAAUUGAUUUCUCUCCAUUCAACAGACGCUUAGACCAAUAAUUACAGAGGGUUGUAUGCACUCAGGUACAAAUAAUGAAGAGCUAUGCAAAAGUGCCUACAAAAUGUGAAUCUGAAAAAUGUUCAAAGUCAAAGUCUUUUAGCUCUAUAUUAGAUGUGUGAACAUGUCCUGAUAUCAUUUAAAAGUGUGUUCAAGAGCCAUAUACAGUAUGUAUACAAAUAAUUUACCUUCAAUCGAGGCAAAAGUUUGAAAAGUUGAUCAUCCUUCAGUAUAUUUCAGCGUUUCUUUUUUUGUUAACCACUAGGUGGAGAAAUUUCCCCUUGAACCUUUAAAAUACAGUGUAGUUCAUUCAUUGUGACUGUGCAACUGUUGAUUGUCACAUUAGUAGCUAUCCACCUCUCUUCCAUAUCUUUUCAUCUUUGUUUAAAUGUGAUUUAUUUUUGUUUAACUGUGUGAGGCUGGUCAGAAAAUGACAUGUCUAGGCCUAUAGGCUAAUAGAGAAGGCAUAACCACAAUCUGUGAAGUUCUCAACUGAUUUUGCACUAGACUAGGCCUUGUGGGGUUUGGACUAUAAAGACCCCUUUGUAAUUACAUGAAUCAUAUUUUCUUUUUCUAUAGAGAGCAACAACCAGUAAUUUACAGUAAUAGUAUUUUGGAAUGCCAACAAACGGGUGACUGGUUGACGUUUCUCUGUGCACAUUUCAAUGUCAUUGUGUUUUUGUAAAGUCUGCAAUAAAACGAAUAUGUCAAAUAAA